AUGAAAGGUUACUAUUUACGCGCAUUCAUCUUCGUGACUCCUGCUCUACCCUCUCCUGCUGCGGCCGCAACUGCACCUGCUGCUGCGGGCGGGACUCCUGCUCUACUCUCUCUUACUGUGGCUGCAACUGCACCCGCUGCGGCAGUCGUGACUCCUGCUCUACCCUCUCCUGCUGCGGCUGCAACUGCACCUGCUGCUGUAGUCGUGACUCCUGCUCUACUCUCUCCUGACACUCCGACUGAGACUGGAGGUGGUGGUGGUGGUGGUGCUGCUGCUACUGCUGCUGUCGUGACUCCUCCUCAACUCUCUCCUGGUGCGGCAGUGACUCCUCCUCUACUCUCUCCUGACGCUCCGACUAAGACUACUGUUGCUGCUGCUACUGCUGCUGUCGUGCCCUCUCAAACCGCUCCCGCUCCUCCCUCUCCAACCUAUCUAAACGCUGCACACGGGUCAGGAAGCGUACAGUGCGCGGCGUAG